AUGUCCUACAACUGUUCUACAAGAAACUGCUCUUCCAGGCCUAUUGGAGGACACUGCACUGUCCCCGUGGCUCCGGCUGCCACAGCUUCUUCCCAAGAUGCUGACUGUCUGAGUGGCAUCUAUUUGCCUAGUUCCUUCCAGACUGGCUCCUGGCUCCUGGACCACUGCCAGGGGUCCUCCUGUGAGUCCAACGCUUGCCAGCCAACCUGUUACCAGUCCAGUCCCUGCGUCUCCAGCCAUGGACAGGUGACCUGCUCUCGGCAAACCACCUGUGUCUCCAAUCCUUGCUCAACCACCUACAGCCGGCCACUCACCUUUGUCUCCAGUGGCUGUCAGCCCCUGGGGGGCAUCUCCACUGGGUGCCAACCCAUGGGAGGAGUCUCCACUGUCUGCCAACCAGCCUGCGGUUACUCCAGGACGUACCAGCGGUCCUGCAUGUCCAGCUGUCGAAGAACUUGCUAA